GUUCGAGUCAGAAACAAUCAUCUCAUGCUAACCAUCCCUCUGCAGGCCAAUCCAGGGGUGCUUCGACAUCCAUUUGAACUAACCCUCCGAUGAAGGCCCAAACUAUCCACUUUGUACCAUCGAUACUCUUUUCUGCGUGUGGGGUCGCCAAAACAUGUUCCCAGUACUACCUGAGAACGUGGAGAAGGAGCUUGUCGCAUGUUAAUGAUGAAACGGGACACCCGUGCCAAAGCGGCAGACGAAAAGUUCGAACCAAAAAAUGGACUGGGCGACAAUUGCUCAGGCGGGUAUUACUGCUCAGGCCGGCUCGUUCAACGAAAGACAUACUCCCAGGUAUUGUAAAGACUGAUCUACUGUUGCUUCUGACUGUAGUUCCAGCUCGCAGUUACGCUCUUCAACGUCACUCGUUAUAUCGUCUGCCGCAUUUAGCUUAACUGCCAGUGUCCCUGGUGUUUCCAUAACACUCUCAAUCAUCGUUUCCUGAAUCCUCAUCGCACUGUCAGCUCAAUCAUACUCGCGUAUGAUCCCCAGUGAAAAUAGGACCUACUGGGAUGUACCACAAACAACCAAAAUACUA